AUCACUCCGCAGCGAGCCACGGCGCUCACUGGGCAUGCUCAGUGGCCGGGACGGCUCCGGCAGCCAGAGGUUGUCUUGGACGCACCACUCGGGUCCGGAUUCACCGAGCGCGGACUGAGCACAGCGGCCCCUGAGCCGGAGUGAGACGCGCUCUGCCGUCCCUGCCAGGGCGCCCGCCGGGUCAGAGAGCCGAAGUUCCGGACUCCAAGGAGCCCCCAACUUCGCGCCAAGUUUCGAGCUGCGGGGGAGACAUGCCCAUGAUGACCAGGGACGUUCUGCUAGAAAUGGAGCUGGAGGAGGACGACGAAGAAGAUGGGGAUAUCGGUAAUGUUCCUGCCUCCAAGAGGCCUUUAAUGGCUCCUCCCACUCUCCCAUCCAGCCUGGCCUUGGAAAACCUUGAACAGACAAAUGUCUCUGGUUUUGGAUCAUUGAAAAGUCAGCAGGACAUCCGAACCCCAGAGUUUGAAGAAUUUAAUGGAAAACCUGACUCCCUCUAUUUCAAUGAUGGUCAGCGAAGAAUUGACUUUGUUCUAGUGUAUGAAGAUGAAAGUAGAAAAGAGACCAAUAAAAAGGGCUCAAAUGAAAAACAAAGAAGAAAAAGACAAGCAUAUGAAUCUAACCUCAUCUGUGAUGGUCUGCAGCUAGAAGCAACCAGAUCUCUUGUGGAUGACAAGCUCGUAUUUGUAAAAGUACAUGCCCCAUGGGAGGUGCUAUGUACCUAUGCAGAGAUAAUGCACAUCAAAUUGCCUCUGAAACCCAAUGAUCUGAAAACCCGGUCCUCAGCCUUUGAUAAUUUCAACUGGUUUACCAAACUCCUGCAAGUGGAUGAAAGUAUCAUCAAGCCAGAGCAAGAGUUUUUCACUGCCCCAUUUGAGAAGAACCGCAUGAAUGACUUUUACAUUCAAGAUAGAGACACAUUCUUCAAUCCAGCCACCAGAAGCCGCAUUGUUUACUUCAUUCUUUCUCGGAUAAUGUACCAAGUAAGGGACAAUGUUAAAAAGUUUGGAAUUAACAAACUCGUAAGCUCUGGAAUCUACAAGGCCGCUUUCCCUCUCCAUGAUUGCAACUUUAGCACCCCAUCAGAGGACCUCAGCUGCCCCAAUGAGCGGUACCUUCUGUACAGGGAAUGGGCUCAUCCUCGAAGCAUAUACAAAAAGCAGCCUUUGGAUCUUAUCAGGAAAUAUUAUGGAGAGAAGAUCGGGAUCUAUUUUGCCUGGCUGGGCUAUUACACUCAGAUGCUUCUUCUGGCAGCCAUCAUGGGAGUGGCUUGCUUUCUCUAUGGAUAUUUUACUGAGGAUAAUUGUACAUGGAGCAAAGAAGUUUGUGAUCCUGAUAUUGGUGGCCAGAUCAUAAUGUGUCCUCAGUGUGAUAAAGAGUGUCCAUUCUGGUCACUCAAUGUUACUUGCGAGUCCUCAAAGAAAUUGUGCAUCUUUGACAGUUUUGGAACCCUAGUCUUUGCAGUAUUUAUGGGGGUGUGGGAGGAAAGCAGUAGCUCAGGCUGUGGAAGCAUUGUAACCGGUAGUCAAACAUCCAGUGAUUGUCACAACCAGAAUUCAGACUUGAUGCCAAUGUCCAGAUUAUCUCUACUCUCACUCACUGUUGUUGGAACAUCAGUGAAGUCAGAACAAACACUGCCGGGAGUAACCUUGUUUUUGGAGUUUUGGAAGCGGCGCCAGGCAGAACUUGAGUACGAAUGGGACACUGUUGAGUUGCAGCAGGAAGAGCAAGCCCGACCAGAAUACGAGGCACGGUGUACUCACGUGGUGAUAAAUGAGAUCACUCAGGAAGAAGAGCGUGUUCCCUUUACCACAUGGGGAAAGUGUAUACGUGUAACCCUCUGUGCCAGCGCUGUCUUUUUCUGGAUCCUGUUGAUCAUUGCUUCCGUUAUUGGGAUCAUUGUCUACAGGCUCUCAGUGUUCGUUAUAUUUUCUGGAAACCUUCGCAAGAUCUCUAAUGGAACAGACCCAAUCCAGAAGUAUGUAACUCCACAGAUGGCCACAUCCAUCACUGCUUCCCUCAUCAGCUUUAUCAUCAUCAUGAUUCUGAACACUAUAUAUGAGAAAGUGGCAAUCAUGAUUACUAACUUUGAACUCCCAAGAACCCAGACUGAUUAUGAGAACAGCUUAACCAUGAAGAUGUUCUUAUUCCAGUUUGUCAACUACUACUCUUCGUGUUUCUACAUCGCAUUCUUUAAGGGCAAAUUUGUGGGUUAUCCAGGAGAUCCAGUUUAUUGGCUGGGAAAAUACAGAAAUGAAGAGUGUGACCCAGGUGGGUGUCUACUUGAACUGACAACGCAGCUGAUAAUCAUCAUGGGAGGAAAAGCAAUCUGGAAUAACAUACAAGAAGUGUUACUUCCCUGGGUCAUGAACGUGUAUGGACGGUGUCACACCGUUUCAGGAGCAGAAAAGAUAACCCCACGAUGGGAACAAGACUACCAUCUGCAGCCCAUGGGCAAACUGGGAUUAUUUUAUGAAUAUCUUGAAAUGAUUAUUCAGUUUGGGUUCGUCACCUUAUUUGUGGCCUCUUUUCCACUGGCCCCUCUGUUGGCUCUGGUGAACAAUAUAUUGGAAAUAAGAGUGGACGCGUGGAAACUGACUACCCAGUAUAGACGCAUGGUGCCAGAAAAAGCCCAGGACAUCGGAGCAUGGCAGCCCAUCAUGCAAGGAAUAGCAAUUCUGGCUGUGGUGACCAAUGCCAUGAUCAUUGCAUUCACAUCAGACAUGAUCCCCCGCCUGGUAUAUUACUGGUCCUUCUCCAUCCAGCCAUAUGGGGACCACCCAGACUACACAAUGGAAGGAUACAUCAACAUAAGUCUCUCCAUCUUCAAUAUUGCCGACUUCAAAAGCAGAGUCAAGGAAAGUCCAUACGCUGAGUCUAAAUACGACACGUGCAGGUAUCGUGAUUUCCGGUACCCUCCUGGACACCCACAAGAGUAUAAACACAACAUCUAUUAUUGGCAUGUGAUUGCAGCCAAGCUGGCUUUUAUCAUUGUCAUGGAGCAUAUCAUCUAUUCUGUGAAGUUUUUCAUUUCAUAUACAAUUCCAGAUGUAUCGAAAAGCACGAAGAGCAAGAUCAAGAGAGAAAAAUACCUAACCCAGAAGCUUCUUCAUGAGAAUCACCUCAAAGACAUGACCAAAAAUAUAGGAGUCAUAGCUGAGAAGAUGAUAGGAGCAGUCGUAGAUAACAAUUUACGACCAAAAUCCGAUUAAGAGCUUUAUGUUCUGAGAAGCACUUUAAAGAAUUUAGCUCUGUCAAAAUUUACUAUGAAUCACUAAUGAGAAUGUUUAAGUUAAAUCACUUUGGCAAAUAGGAGUCUUAACUAUCGCCAUUUUCAUGCAGAUUAUUUUUCAGUUUCAGCUAGUGAUGCAGGAACUGGAAAAUGUAAAAUUGAGUUGAAGAAGGGCAUAAAACUAAUCACCAGAAAGACCAAAAAUGUUACUUUUGGGGAUAAAUUGGAAUUUUAAUCAUACACGGGAAUUCUCUUCAUGUGCUUAAAGAAACAACAUCUACCAAAGCAGAGUGGAGUUUUUUCCUCAUCUGAUUAUUUUCAUUCCUUUCGCUUCUGAAGCACAUGAUCUUUUUUUAUUUUUAGGCACUGUUUUGUUUCUUCACUCUUGCUAGACCUGUUCCAGUUAUCCUUCCAUUACAGUACCAUCAUUAAAGGCUAGACAUGCUAGCUCUUGUGUGAUUAAAAAUAUCUAACACAGAAUUCAGUUUGAAUGCUGUAUUAAGUUGCAGAUAGACCCAAGACUUUACAAUAUUUAGGUGUCUUAUCUGUUCCUAUAGAAAAGGAAACCUCAGGUAAUAAGAGGAAAUAGUUUCAGUCUUCAUCUUGGCCUAUCUUUCCAUCUCGGAGAAAUACUCUUAAUGGAUUGAAAUGAAGAUUGCACUUCUGAGCAUACUUGUGCUAUUGAUCAGGAUAAUUAAUUUACAUCUAAAGAUAUGUCAUAUCUUGAAAAAAAUGAAAUCAAGUGAUUAAAAUUACAUAGUUAUCAACAUAAUGGUUUGGAAAAGAUGAGCCUAUCGAGCUCCCACCAGCUGCCCUUUAUCUGUUAGAUCUAGGAAGUACAGUAUUGCAGGGACCCUUGUGAUUGGCUCACAGCCAUUGUAACAGCACAGUGCUGCGCAUGUCAAGAGAACAGCAGGUCUCCUCAGUGUGACCUCGCCGUGUUCCUAAGAGGGGUUCUGCACAUCCUGGUGAUCAGCCUACCAAAGCAUCUGCCAUAGUGAAGGUAGCUCAGCACAUCCUCCCUUCUCUUACUUUCUGCCCAGUAACUUGUUUGUAAUUGCAUGUUUGCACCCGGGGAGUGUUUUUAGGGAAGGAGACGGAGAAACGGGGAUACCCAGAUAAUUCCCAAACAAGAAAAGAGACUGGAUUUGAUUUGAAUUUUCAGCCUCCUAUCAAGCCAAUCAGGCAAUUAAGGGUCAAAAAAAACCAAUUGGUUUGGUCACAAGCCCUGCUGUCAGCUGUAGGUAACUUCCUGUUGAACUCCUGUCCCACUGUGCACAUCUUGCCCUCGGUUUAUUCAGUUCAGCACUCUUUACUGCACUUUACUGCCUUUUGGAUGCCUAGCCCUCUAUAGGCUCUAGAGAAGACACAGGGCCUGUACCCCUCACCAGUUACUGGUGACAGGGCAGGGCUGGGUGCAGAGAGAGCAUCUGGCACCUCGCUCUCUCUAAAUGGGCCACUCGCCACCCAUUACGAUGCUGCUCAAUGCCCAGGUGCCACAGGAGCCGAGGCACUUAGAAUCCCAGCAGCGAAGAACAAGGAAACACUUUUCAGUGAGCAAAUUGACGGGCUUGCUAUAAUAGCUGCUAUAGCAGCUUCACUCCAGGUCAUAGUUCUAAAUGUCUGCCAUGAAUGUUAACAAACCACGGGGGGAGAAAAGUAUUAAUGUAGGAUUCAGUGAAACAGUAUUCUGGACUUUUGAAUUGUCCCAGUGGAUCAGGAUCUUUUCACUAGCUUUCUUGAUAAUGUUAAGGGUAUGUGUGAUCAAAGAGUGCUCGUGACAGGCCACGUGAGGUCUGGUCAAAGAGGGAGCGAGAAAUGCAUUUCUUCCCAGUGGGGAAGCAUUCUCGUCCCUUGCCCUGCUCACCUGGGACGCUGCUCCUGAAAGUGGUGCCUCUUCCUCUCGUAUUACCUCUUCUCUUCUCUGAAGUGUAGGACUAUCUCCUAGUGUUGGAUUUGGCAGUUACUCACUGUUUGUGGAACUAGAAACAAGGAAAUGUUCUUGCCUUAUCUCCUUGUAUAUAAAAUAGAACUUGAAUUGUGCAUUUCUGUUUUCAUAAAUUGUCUUCAUAGUUCAAAAUGUGCUUCUGUGGACAGGAGGGAAAAAAACCUCUACGUUUUUAAAGGCAGCAAAUGUGAUGUAUGACACUGCCAAUACUGCCCGGAUGGCCAGGUUGAAAUGGCGACCUAGGGUCAUCUGUGACUCCGACAUUGUUCAUGUACGUCUAGUGCUGACUUGUGGGUGAUGAACAUGUGGGGCUGUGUCUGCAGGCACUUGUGGGCUGGAUCUGUAAAUGCGAGCAGAGGCAGCCCCCUGGCAAAAUGGAUGGGUGUGGCAGUGGACCCAUGAAGGGAAAAUCUGGCCCUAGACCUGCCCCAUGUUAACCACUAGAGAAAUUUUACUUUGUAUCCUUCUGUGACGCCUGUGAAUUUUAACAGAUCAAAGCAUUAGACCAAAAUACUCAGGAGAUUUUUCUCUAAAUAUCCCUGAUAUUUUAGUUAUGUCAAUAGGAUGGGAAAGCUUUCGUUUUUGUUUGAAAACUAAACAAAACCAUCUUGCAAACUGUUUAUCACUGAAAGUCUUCCCUUAUAAUUGCACGUGCAUCUUGAAUUUCAGAAAACAUUAAUUCACAAUAGGGGAGCAGGACGUGCUCUUUGUUGAAACACUUCUUGUACCAUUUUCUUGUGUCCAUAUUAUAUUUUAAGAUGUUUGAAAAGUUAAAACGUAUGAACAGUUUAAGUAAAACUGAAAUAUUCAUGAUGCUUUUCAUACACUGUGGCAUAAGAUGUAAAGUUUGUAAUAUUUUGCAAAUUUCUGUGCAUUUUAAUAUUCUUUUUAUAAUUAUGAGCAUUUUAAUAAAUUCAUUUUUAAAAACAA